AUGCUAUUAAAUCAUUUUAAAAAUGAAAAUUGUCAAUCGUCUAUACAAGAAAAUGGUCAUCAAUUAUUAAAUCAAAAUCCAAUUCAUAAAAAUAACUUUUUCUGUUUACAUCAUCGUUUAAUGUACUCUAAUCACAAAAAUAUUACAUAUUAUAUUCAAGAAUCAUUAGAACUUAAUUUAAAUUCCAAUGAUGAAUGUCGAGAUGACUAUGAAAAAAACCAACAACAACUAACUGUCAUUGAUUGUCUUCUUUAA